AUGAUAGGGUCUACUCAAUGCAACAAUAGUUGUGAUAAAAUGUCUACAACUUAUGAUUUCACGGGUCGGGUGGCCCUCAUCACGGGCUCGUCUUCGGGUAUCGGUGCGGCCACUGCUCUACUAUUGGCCAAAAGUGGAGCCAAUGUUGUAAUCACUGGACGUAAUGCCGAUAAUGUGUCCAAAGUUUGUAAAGAGUGCACAGAUGUGUCACCAAAAGGUCUGAAAGCACUUCCAGUGGUGGCAGACGUGACCAAAGAGGAAGAUCUCGACCGACUUCUUGACACUACUAUUAAAACAUUUGGCAAAUUAGAUAUUUUGGUGAAUAACGUGGGUUUCGGACCAUUGAGUUCAAUAACUGAUGAUAAUUAUGUUGAAAAUCACAGAUCAGGCAAAAGAUUUUCAUCGUAUUGCAUGUCAAAGGCAGCGUUGGAUAUGUUCACAAAAGCUAUUGCUGUGGAAUUGGGCCCAAAAGGCAUACGUGUUAAUUCAGUCAAUCCGGGUUAUAUAUACACCAACUUUUGUCAGACUAACUUUGAGAUGACUGAUUCCGAGGGCCGGGAACUUUGGGACAAACUCGGGGCCAAUUAUCCGGUGGGACGGGUGGGCGAGAGUUUGGAUGUGGCCAAUGCUGUGGCCUACUUGGCCAGUGACCAAGCUAGUUUUAUUACUGGCACAAAGUUAUACGUAGACGGCGGACAUAUUGCCUCCAAUACUCUAAUAACUGGUUCGAGUUCGGGCAUCGGUGCGGCCACUGCUUUAUUAUUGGCCAAAAGUGGUGCCAAUGUUGUGAUCACUGGACGUAUUGCUGAGAAUGUGAACAAAAUUUGUAAACAAUGUACAGAAGUGUCACCAAAAGGUCUGAAAGCACUUCCAGUGGUGGCAGACGUGACCAAAGAGGAAGAUGUCGACCGACUUCUCGACACUACUAUUAAAACUUUUGCAUAUUCUAUGUCAAAGGCAGCGAUGGAUAUGUUUGCCAAAUGUAUUGCCGUUGAUUUGGGUCCAAAAGGCAUACGUGUUAAUUCAGUCAAUCCGGGCGCUGUUCGUACAAACAUAAUCAGAGAAGCAUCGCUUAGUGAUGAGCAAAUCAAUGCUAUUUGGGAUCGUAUGGGCAGUCAAUACCCGGUGGGUCGGUGUGGAGAGGGACUGGACAUUGCAAACGCUGUUGCCUAUCUGGCCAGUGAUCAAGCUAGUUUUGUAACCGGUACAAUAUUGGUGGUCGAUGGCGAAAUGAAACAUCAAGUGCUCUACGCUAUAAUAAUGACAAUAUUUUUAAUGGCAACCAUUAAAUUAAGUGAUGGUUCGGAUCACUACUGGGGCCAUAAUCCAUAUAGUUCGCUGGGAUACUACAAUCCGGUGCGUCCGGUGAAUAGACCUCUGCCUAAUCGGCGCAAAUACCCGGGUCAGGGCGUUCGGCGCUUUCGACCAUUCAGAAAUUCAUUGUAUGGAUAA